AUGUGUGAAUUCACCCAAAGAGAAUACAGCUGCGGCCAUUUCAAGUUCAUUGCCGCGCGGUGGUGCAAUCUCUACAAGAGAACGCACAGGCGGUGUCAGCCCGACAUCACCCACUUCGAGUACAGGGCCAACGAAAUAUGUGGACAAUGUCGGCCACAAGAGGUGCCUGAAUGGCAGCAUCUUAUCAAGCGUCACACUCCGCACAGUGUGACGGGCAUUGCCAGCAUCAACAGCCUCGGCGACGUCAGCAACACCAAGAAGGGAUAG